AUGAAGGCCGCCCGGAUUGCCCUCCGCAGCGCCGCCCCACUGGCAGGGGCCGGUGCCGGCAGCGGCCGGUUGCCGCAGGAGGUGGAGCAGUUUUCUCGCUUCUCCCCCUCCCCGCUCUCCAUCAAGCAGUUGCUGGAUUUCGGCUCAACUAAUGGAUGUGAGAGAACUUCUUUCUCAUUUUUGCGACAAGAACUUCCUGUGAGGUUUGCAAAUAUUCUGAAAGAAAUUGAUCUUCUUCCUGAUAAACUACUAGGCACUCCAUCAGUAAAAUUAGUAAAAAGCUGGUACCUCCAAAGCCUAAAGGAGUUGAUUGAGUUCCAUCAGAAAAGCCCAGAUGACCAAAAAGUCUUAUCUGACUUUAUAGAUACUCUAAUUAGAGUCCGAAACAGACAUCAUGAUGUGGUUCCUACGAUGGCACAAGGAAUAAUUGAAUACAAAGACACUUUUAAAGUAGAUCCUGUCACCAAUCAAAACAUCCAGUAUUUUUUGGAUCGUUUUUACAUGAGCCGUAUUUCCACCCGGAUGCUAAUGAACCAACACACUCUUCUUUUUGAUGAUAAAUCUCGCUCGGGGCACCCAAGGCACAUUGGAAGUAUUGAUCCUUGCUGUGAUGUUGUUGAAGUAGUGAAUGAUGCUUAUGAAAGUUCCAAGAUGUUGUGUGACCAGUAUUAUUUAACAUCUCCAGAAUUGAAACUUACUCAAGUAAACGGGAAAGCUCCAGGAGAACCAAUUAGCAUUGUAUACGUGCCAUCUCAUCUUUUUCACAUGCUUUUUGAGCUCUUUAAGAAUUCAAUGAGAGCAACUGUUGAGUUCCAAGAAAACAGUCCUACCCUUUCUCCGAUUGAAGUGACAGUUGUUCUAGGGAAAGAAGACCUGGCAAUCAAGAUCUCAGACCGAGGAGGUGGUGUUCCAGUGAGGAAAAUUGAGCAGCUGUUCAGCUACAUGUAUUCCACUGCACCAAGGCCGAAUGUGGAUGAUGGUCGAAAUACCCCUCUUGCUGGUUUUGGGUAUGGCUUGCCAAUUUCUCGUCUCUAUGCUAAGUACUUUCAAGGAGAUCUAAACCUUUACUCCAUAUGUGGUUAUGGAACAGAUGCUAUCAUCUACUUGAAGGCCUUAUCAACAGAAUCAGUAGAAAAACUCCCAGUAUUUAACAAAUCAGCUUCCAAGCAUUACCAGGCUACCUCAGAGGCAGAUGACUGGUGUGUCCCAAGUAAAGGCCCAAAGAACAUGGCAAAGCAGAGUGCAGCUUCGUGAAGAGAAGCUGGUAUUGAGACACCCCAGGGGAUCAAGCUGGCUUCAAGAACAGCAUUUGGAAGUAUUCAUCUACCUUCAAACAAGCAAGUUUCAGGACUAGCAGAGGAAAACAAAGAUUAAGAGUAUUAUAAAUCUGAGCUGUAUGCACUGAAUCUGAAACCUUGCUGUGGACUUCAGGAUGAGGAAAAUAGAAGCACCUAUGUCUUUAAAGAAGAGCUAUGUAUGGAGGAAAAUGAAGCUAUUUUUUUACUAUGAUCAAAGACUUGGCGUGGUAGAGGUGUGCAAUUUUUAAAUCCUGUUUAAUGCUUGAAUUCUGAAUACUGACUGAUAAAUGAGUUACGCAGAUGCAUAUUUUUCUGUUAGAAUAGUUAUCAGCAGUUCAUCUUAUUACAGAACUUCUCAGGUAGAUAGAUAUCAUCCAUACUUUAAAGUUGUAUUUAUAACAUUUGGGAAAGAUCCACUUAAAAUGGCAGUCUUGUAGCAAGAUGCAAACAGCAUUCAAAUACAGCCUGAGUGCAAGAAAAGGAGCCCUGGUAUGUAGGGAGAAACUGUUUGCCAUAUGUAAGGAGGUCCCAUUAAAAAAAAAACAAAAAAACAAGCUGUUCCAGGAAUAAUUCUUACAUGAUGCCUUGCUCUGUGAGUCACAUUGUAGGUAUUUUAUGUUAAACUGUUCAUGGGAAAUCAGCUAAGUAGGGUUUCUAUGCAUAAGGUAACGAAGAAAAUCAGGAUAUUUUUAAAAGCUACUAGAAAUAAGUUGAA